GCUCAAAUCCACUUCAGUCAUUCACUUGCUUAGAUAAGUCGAAGCAAACAAUUUACUGUUGUCACAGUUUUUUUUCUCUCGACUACAGCCAAGCAGAAAGGUCCACAGUGUACAACAUAGGUUGACUCGACGUCUUGGAAGUUUGUAGCCGGACAUGAAGGACGAUUUUUUUAUUUGUAGAAAAGUCGACGGACUGACGCGAUGAAGUCAGGUAUGAACAAGCCACCAUUGGCCCCUAAACCCAAUCUAUCCCAGCUCCAGCCAGUGUCUGCGUUGACACCUGGAAAAUAUGCCCUAUCGAACCAGGCUGCUGGCCAGCCGCAGAGGGUAAAACCGAUGCUGGCACCAAAACCCAACCCUUCCAAGCUGAACUCCAAACCUAUUGCUUCAAAGAUCCUUCCUACUACAAUCACGACACCCCCACAGAUGGUCGGCCGGCUUAACACUCAAAAUGGAAUGCAAAACGACAGCAAAAAGCCAAACUGGGAUUAUAUUAUCCCCAUUUGUCUAUGUAACCAAAAAGACUGCCGCUGCAUCCGCGACAAUCACAUUGACAAAGUAGAAAAAGACUUUAAAACUUUUCCAAUUGUGAAGAGUGUGGAGAAUGAAAAGAACACAUCUCCAGAAAGAAAGACAGAUAAUACAAAAAGAAAAGUCACACAUGUGCUAACUGCUAAUGGCCAGCUCCCAAACCAUAACCCUCCUCGAGAAUCUUCACAUGCUUUAGACAAGUGUCUCAACAAAAAUUUAAAUACCUCCAGUCCUCAUAUUAAUGUUAAACUACUUCCUUUCAGAACUGUGAACAAUGAGGCAAACUGUAAUGUGAUUACCCGGGAUGAUACCAAUCAUGUUCCAGUGGGAGAAACCAAUCGUUUUGAACAAAAACAACAACUAGCGACCCCUAGUAAACAUGUCCCUGUUCCGGUGCCACGGAAACCCAAAAACGCCUUUCUGGCCCAUCAGGAAAAGGUGGAGGAGAAAGCGGAGAUAACUGUCCAGGAAGGGAGAAAAAUGAAUGAGUUGAAGGUGUCAUCUGAAGGAAAAGGCAGGGCAUCCUCAUCUGUCAAUGUGACUGCUGGUGAAAACAGAACAUCGUUAUCAUCUGCCUCAACACCAGCUCCUACGCCCAGGAAAAUACCUUAUCUCUCUGCACCUGAAAAUGCACCAAGUCCUGCUCAGUCAAUGCUCCAAAACAACGUGGAAGAAGAAGACCUGGGCUGGGACAGUACCAUCUAUGAUAUGGAGCUAUCUGUUGAUAAGGAAGAGGAGGAGCUGGAGGUAGAAUCUAAAGGAACCCGUAAUCUGGUGACCGCCAGCAAAGACCAGACAGAUGUCAAUUUUCGCUCCAACAGUCCAGGCAAUAACUUUGGAGCAGUCAAGCUAGUUCCUACAAAGCCCCGAAGAAACAACAGCCCAAUGUCGUGGAUGAAGAAGACUGAAUCCCUUGAUGUAGGAAAGGAACUGAAAUCAGGAAUUAAUGUGAAAAGUCAGAAGAUUGUCAUGGCAGAUCUUCCUUUGCUUCCAGAAAAGACGAAAACAACACAUGAAAGUACCCCAGCGGCAACCUCGGGCAAACAGAGACCCAGGUCCUUCUCUGGUAUAGACUUGGUCCGAUCUGAAGGAAGAAGGAGCUCUUUCAGAAAGCUGCUGGAUCUAAAGCUGUCUGUCAUGAUGCUGCCUAAGCUCAUGACUAAAGGAUCCCAGACACUGGAGUCCAAUGAUCAGGACAUACCCCAUGAUCUUCAAUGCGCUCUCGCAGUGGAAAACAAGUAUUCCUGCCCUCUGGUCGGAGUGGAACAAAGUGUAGACUGUGAGGAAUUGUGUCCCACCAACGAACAGGACGCAAACUAUGAAAACAUUUGCUUUUAUGAAGAGAUAACAGACUACGAGAACAUCUACUUUGGUGGCUCGGAGGGUUCCAGUGUUACCUGGCAGAGUUUGUACAAUGAUGAUGGCAUUUACGAGGAACCAGAGUCGUUUUUGUCCCCAGAUAAAAACACUGACUAUGACAGAAGUUCCAUCGACGAAGAAGUGGAUGAUGGCGCUUCAGACGAUGACUUCAUGAUAUCUUUUUCAGACGUGGAAGCCGAAGACGACAGCUCUGUCUCAAGUAAAGGAGACCACGAGCUGCCAGAGGAAAGUGCGACGCAAAGUGGCCCUCGAAUGACCAAGAUCCAUCACAUCGCUACGGAAAUAAUGACUUCCGAGAAAGUGUUUGUUGAUGUCCUGAAGCUGCUUCAUGUUGACUUCCGAGACGCCGUGGACAAAGCGUCUCAACAAAACGGCAAACCUGUGAUUGAGGAGCGUCUGCUCAACCAGAUCCUGUAUUACCUUCCGCAACUCUAUGAACUCAACCAGGAUUUGCUGCAGGAGCUGCAGAAUCGACUAGCCAAAUGGGAUGAAAAUAAGAAGUUGGCUGAUAUAUUCCUGAAGAAAGGUCCCUAUUUGAAGAUGUACUCAACAUACAUCCGGGAGUUUGACAAGAAUGUGGCUCUACUUGAAGAGCAGAGCAAGAAGAAUCCACUCUUUGGUGCUGUCGUGAGAGAAUUUGAGGCUGAUCCACGUUGUGCCAACUUGGCUCUGAAGCAUUACCUCCUAAAGCCCAUUCAAAGGAUUCCUCAGUACCAGCUUCUCCUCAGAGAUUAUUUGAAAAACCUGUCCAAAGACUCAGCUGAUUACAAGGACACACAAACUGCUCUUGCUAUUGUGAAAGAGGUAGCAAAUCACGCCAAUGACAUCAUGAAGCAAGGGGACAACUUCCAGAAGCUGAUUCAGGUGCAGUGCAGUCUUAACGGUCAUCAUGAGAUCGUUCAGCCUGGAAGAAUAUUCCUGAAGGAGGGCAUGCUUAACAAGCUGUCGAGGAAAGUCAUGCAUCCCAGGAUGUUCUUUCUGUUUAAUGACAUCCUGUUGUACACUACUCCUGUUCAGUCGGGCCAGUACAAGUUUAACAGCAUGUUGUCUUUAGCUGGGAUGAAGGUGAGCAAACCAAGUCAAGAGGCUUGCCAGAAUGAGUUCCUCAUUGAGAGCGUAGAGCGUUCCUUCAUUCUGUCUGCAAGUUCGGCUUCAGAGAGGGAUGAGUGGCUUGAGGUCAUUUCAACAGCGAUCAGUGAUUACACAAAAAAAAAGAUUACUUUCAUAUCUGGAAAGUCUUUCGAUGAGGUUCAACUCAGCGAUGGUGCUGAUGGUGCCUCUUUGGGUGCCAAAGCUCCCAUUUGGAUCCCUGACCCACGUGCCACCAUGUGCAUGAUCUGUACAUGCGAGUUCACGCUGACGUGGAGGCGACACCACUGUCGGGCCUGUGGCAAGGUUGUGUGCCAGUCAUGCUCCUCCAACAAGCAAAGCCUUGAAUACCUCAAGAACCAGUUAGCAAGAGUGUGUGACCAGUGUUACCUUGUGCUACGAGAGCAGAAAAGUGAAGAAGAUGCCUCUGCUGCUGCACUUCCCAAAGCCCCGUUUACAUUCUCUCGCAAACAAAAGCGGAUACCAGCUGCCCUGAAAGAGGUGUCCGCCAGCACAGACAACCCCUCCAUGAGUGGCUAUUUGCAGAGGUCAAAGGGCAAGAAGAAGCAGGGGAAGCGUUUGUGGUUUGUGAUCAAAGAUAAGGUUCUGUACACCUAUGCUGCCAGUGAGGAUGUCGCUGCCUUGGAGAGUCAACCACUUUUAGGAUUUGUCUUAAAAGCUGAUUCAUCCCAAAAGUUGCAGUUCAAGCUUUACCACAAAAACACCCUGUACUACAAUUUUAAAGCAGAUGAUAUCCAGACAGCCCAGAGGUGGAUUAACACUUUCCGAGAAUCAGCUGUACUUUAGUCUCUGGAGACUGACUGUGUGAUGUUGACAUUUCAUCUCUGGACUGCAAGGUUUUUUUGUUUUGUUUUUUUACCUCAGUGUUCCGUUUUCCCCAUCUGAAGAGACCACAUAUGUUCUCUUAAAAUACAAUGCUAUUAUUUUUGUUAAAGAUUUUUGCUUUGCUGAAGUUACCCUUUAUAAACAUCUCUCGUAAUUUUUAACAGAACAGUGGUAUGUAUGUAGUUUACUAUUUGUGAUUAAAAGCUCUUUUUGUCUAACAUUUUGUUCAUUGCUGACUUUUGGUUUAGUUGCAUUUACACAAAAUCUGCUUGUUCACUGUUGCACACUAUUUUGGGUUGAAUGUUAUGAAACUCAAAUUAUAGCAAUUUAUAAAGUUGUGUAUGUUUCCCCUCAUUAGGACCAUACUUGUUCCAGUAAUGGUAACGGGAGCACUUGACUCACUCAAAUGCAUGUAAAUACUGUAGUUGUGUUGUGUAAAUACUGUUGUGUAAAUGCUGAUAAUCACAAAAGAUAUGUAAUUACAUUAAAUGUGCACAUCUUGUGACCGUAGUAAUAUCAUUUUAGCAUGCUGUACUUGGACUUAAAAAAUGUCAAUUACAUGAAUGCAGUGCAGAAAUGAAAGUUUAUUGCACUUUUUGAAGACAAGUUACAAAGUGCU